AUGUCCCUCACCCAACGUGCUACCGACAUCUGGCAAUCCGCCUCACAAUUAACUACAAAAAACAAUGUCAUUAUCGCCGGGGUGUCCGUUGUAUCUAUCUCCAUCGCUGUUAGAUGGUAUCGUAGACGAUAUAACGAUAGCGCUCCUCCAGGCUACAAAGGCCGAAAGGACUUACCCUACCCCCCUGGUCUCCCAGUGUUAGGAAAUGCUCUCCAGUUAUCGAUCAGCAAAAUAAUUGCGAACUUCGAAAACUGGGCAUGGGAAUACGGUACAGAAUAUAAAGCUUAUGUUGGUCCGUUCCCCAUCGUCGUCCUCUCGUCCACCACUGCUAUUGAUCAGGUCUUCAAGGAACGACCAUAUAACAUCCGUCGCUCCGCCAAUACAGAAAAACUCUUUGAGGACUGCAACAUCCCCGGGUUGUUCUCAAUGGAAGGUGAGCGCUGGAGGCAUAGUCGUAACUGGAUGGCUCCUCAGUUGACUCAAGCAAAGACCAACAAAGCUGGCCCUGUGAUGACAAAGCACGUGGUCAGUUUGAGAACAGCAUUACAAGAAAUUUCAAAGACCAUGGAAGAGCUCAACGAGAAAUUCUACCCAAGUAUCACUUCACAGGAGAGUAGCCAUCAAACCAACGUCUUCUAUAACCCCAAGGAUCUUAAAAUCGAUAUUACGCCGUUCCGCGAGUACGCUUUUUCCGUCAUGAUUGACUUUGCCUUUGCUCACGAGAACAACACCCAUUUCUCGCCUACAUUGUUCCAAGAUCUCAAAAUCGUGUUUGACGUCAUCCGUCGUCGCGCCAUCACACCUAUCCCUUUAUACAAAUAUGGCAUACGCGACUCCAUGGAUCGAAAAUAUGACCGAACCAUCACUGAUCUCAAGAACUCUAUUAAGCGAAUUAUCGAGGAAUACACACCUGAAGAAUUCAAGCAAAACGAAGAUAAGAUGAGCACUAUGCUGGAGUCGCUGUAUAUCGCCGCACAAGAAGAAGAGAAUGAAAAAAGCAAUCUGAAAACGGCCACCAAGGCUGCCAAGCGUGUCACCAUCGACGACAUUGUUGGAAACCUCAUCACAGCCAUUGUUGCAGGUUAUGACACUACCUCUAAUUCUUUGUACAAUAUCGCCUACAUGCUAGCCUGUAAUCCAGAGGCUCAGAAGAAGCUACAGGAGGAAGCGGAUAGCAUAUUUGGUCCACCCGAGAAAAGGGCCACUAUGUCGGCAGAAGAGCUGUCUGCAGUGUUUAAUGACGAUUACAUAAAGCAAUUUCCCUACACCAAUGCGGUCAUUCAAGAAACCAAUCGUCUUUUACCUGUCGCUUCUCUGUUGGACGGACAGUUGACAAAGGACUUGGUUAUUGACGGUCAUUACUACAGAAAGAAGACCGUCUUUAUUGCUCUGACCAGAGUAGCAGCUCUACGUUCAUGUCCCACGCCAGACCCUUUCAAGUUUAAGCCGGAACGAUGGAUUGAAUGCACUCCAGAGGAACGUCGACUCCAUGACAAGAUGGCCUGGGGAUUUGGCGGCGGUCCAAGAGUGUGUCCUGGCAGACAUUUGGCAACCAUGGAAUUGGUUAUUGCGUUGGUGGCGGUGUUCACUUUAUUUGAUAUCCAACCAAUUGAAAAGCCCUGGACUGCCCCUCACGCCGUAGAGGCUAAUCCUACUACAUCUUUACUCGAUAAUGUUCAUCUUCGUUAUAUUCCAAGAUAUUAG